CGCUCUCCACAGCUGCAUUGUGCUGUGGCUCGUCGGCCCGACUACAACUUGAUCGCACCUUUAUAACAAUUGAAUAUAGAAUAUAAAAUUUAAUUGCUUAAAAUAUCCAGCUUCUUUAAAAGUUUAUAAUGCCUAUCAAACAGUACUUUGAAUUGGACAACGGAGAUCGUAUGCCGAUGGUCGGUUUCGGGACUUGGCAGGCAUCAGACUCGGUACUGGAGAAAGCGGUGGAGUCUGCGCUAGCGGCGGGGUACCGGCACUUCGACACGGCCCGCGCGUAUGAGAACGAGGCGGCGUUGGGCCGCGCAUUGCGCCGCUGGAUUGGAGACGACUCUCACCGCAGGAAGGAGCUCUUCGUCGUCACGAAGCUUCCACCUGGAGGCAACCGACCAGAAUUGGUGCAAGAGUACUUUGACGCAUCGCUGAAAGACCUGGGGCUGGACUAUGUGGACAUGUACCUAAUCCACACGCCGUUCGCGUUCGAGCAUGUGCCCGGAGACCUGCACCCCAAGAACCCUGACGGCAGUAUGAGAGUCGACAACUCCACCGACUUACUGGCGCUUUGGAAGGCAGUGCUGAAGCUAAAGGAGACAGGCCGCGUGCGUCACGUGGGGGUAUCGAACAUGAACGUCGAGCAGGUGUCGCGCUUGAGCGCGGUGUCCGUGCCAGCCGCACUGCAGGUGGAAGUACAUGCGCUAUGCCAGCAGCCGGCGCUGGUGGCGGCGAUGGCGGCGCGUGGUAUUCCCGUCGUGGCCUACUCGCCGCUGGGAUCCAAGGCCCUCGCUGACAUGCUCGCCGAAAAGACCGGGCGCGAGUACCCCGACCUGCUGCAGUUACCGCCGGUGACUCGCGCGGCGGCGGCGCAUGCGCGCUCGCCCGCGCAAGUGUUGCUCCGGCACACGCUGCAGCGCGGGGUCGCCGUCAUCCCCAAGAGCACCGACCCCGGACGAAUCAAACAGAAUAUAUCGGUUUGGGACUUUGAGCUGAGUGAGAGCGAGAUGUCAGAACUAUCCGCGCUGGACCGCGGCGAGCAGGGCCGCAUCUGCGACUUCAGCUUCUUCAUCAACGUCGACAAACACCCCGAGUUCCCGUUCAAGAAGUAAAAACACUUGCACCUACUCAAGAGAAUAGUCGGUUCACUACACGCUAAAACAACCGUAUCAGUCUGAAAUGACUAUAAAUAUAAGCGUGCAAACAAAAUGUAAGUGAAAAAUCUUGAGACUGAAAACAAAAAUUGUUAUAAAAUUGUGAAACUGAUAAAUUAAGAAAUAUAGCCGCAAAUCAAAUAUAAUGUGAUAUUAAUUAUCAAAUAAAAAACAUAUUUGUAAUA